AUGCCGAUCUUCCUGCUAUCGUACAAGGCGGAUCUGGAGAACCUCACUGACCUCCAGCCCCGGGAAGGUUGCGACGACCCAGGCUACGGAUACUUCCUGAAGGUCUCCUCGUCGAUGAAUGAUGAGAUCUCAAGGUUUGGGGGAUUGGUGUUGUGCUCAACUUCCUCACGGUUUUUAUGAAUUAUUGGUUCUGAUUCAGCUGAAGUGUGAGAGCUGUGGGGAGGUUACCCAGAGAGAGACCUGCGUGACGCUAUCUGAGACGGUCACCAUGCCCAACAGCAGGGGGACCGCCCAUCUUGUACAGAAGGUGCUCUAUUCCUCCCGGACACGUCUUUGAAUUGACCUAUGCUUGCAGUGUUCCUGGUUUUUUCUUCUUCUUAUCGAUAGCUAAAUCAAUCAUUCGUAAGAUUUUUCUUGAAAUAAAUUCGCCUCUACUCAUGAUCUUCUUCCUUUUUUCCCAGUUUUCUUCGGCAGUGACUGACCUGUGGUCUGAUUUUUUCUGAAUUUCCGUGUUCUUUCCAUUUUCUCAAUGGAGAAUACGUUUACAUCCUUGUGUUCUUCUUCCUGAAGUGAUUACUAAAUUCAGGUUCAGUAUUUGGUUCUUCUAUCAUUCCUUGAUUUUAACCCCUUGGAUGGCACUUGAUCAUCACCAUGAGACACAAAUAGCAUGGCGUAGGAACCGAGAUCUUGCUCCUGGGGACUCUUGGCAUGGUGACAAUUUCCCACCUGAAGAAAUGAGUUCCACGUCGUGUAUAGGUCAGCCAUGUGAAACGGACGCCAUGAAACCUCCUUUCCACAAGCUCCUUCUCCAAGUUCACGUCCAUUUUCAGUCGGAGUUUAAGAAUCACAAUGAACUGGGUUUUCACAGAUGCAGUCCCACAAGGGAGAGGAAGGAACAUGAAGAAACACACCAUGGCCGAAGUCAAGAUUGUGACUCCAAUGAAGUGACCCCACCUUUUCAGAUGGUGAACAUUUCAGUGGAUAAAGGGACUAUGGUUCAUUUGUUUCUGACCUAGAAAUUGUAAUAGUUACGUGAUGGUAUGCCUCAUACUCUCUCCCUAGUGCAGUCGCAUCCUGUCCUAGGCUGCCCUUAAGCACCAGCAUAACACAGCAAGGACUGAGCUCAAACCAGGUAGGCUAAUCAUCUGCACAUGAACAAGGAAGAACACGGGAAGAGUAGCUAACUUUAGGUUGAAAAAUUAUAAAAAGCCAGUGUUAAACAUAUAUAGAAAGUUUAUAAGAUCCGGUGAUAUUUGAAAAAGCAAAUUUCUGCACUUGUGAUCUUGAGGCCUUAAUCAACAGAGAACAACAUGGUAUGGUACUGUCCAUGACCUUUUUAGGGCUGAAUGCCAUAACACAACCUUGGUGUCUCCCUCAAGUGUCUGGAAGCUUCAUUCUUCUCACUAAUCCUUUGGACCGUGAACAUUUCGAUGCUGGUUGAAUGAUAACCGGAUGCACAGAGUUCCUGAACUGGCUUCGCACUGACCUUCUUGACACUUUCAGUGCUUGGUGGAAAAACUUGCAUGCACCCAUUUUUACCAUCUUAAGUAUCGAUGAUCUGAGAUGCAAAAUUAAUUUGGCCUUUAAAUUUCUUGGAGGUGGGUUAUUUUGUGUCAAGUAUCAAUUGUCUUUGAGUGGGAAUAUGCCGUUAUUUCUUCACUGAAGAUUGCUCAGAAUGUGCGUGCAAGAUUUCUCUUCCUUAUCUCUUGGAUUGAAUCUUGAAAUAAUAUAUUUCCUGCUUCCAAUUCUAUGCUGAUUUUUCAUUCAAAAAUGGUGAGCAAAUAAUCGGAUUGGCAAGUUUUGCACACGUAGAUGAUUUCUUUGAUGUACCAUGAAUUCGGUGUGGUUUGCUUGAAGAUUAACUUGUCAGUUAAUUGCAUAAUUUAUUUUAAGCUCAUAAGUGUUCUUGAAAGAAGUAUGAAAUCGUGUUGUCUUCUUCAGUGCAAGUUUUGUGGAAGGGAGGGAUCGGUUCUCAUGAUUCCAGGGCACGGCAAACCGUUGACGCUUGAAUUGAGUGAGGCGCAGGCUCUUGUUCCUUUGAUGGUGUUUGAGUGCAGGGGCUUCGAACCCAUCGAGUUUGUCUUUGCAGAUGGAUGGAAAGCAAAGUCCGUAAGUGUUUCCCACCUUCACAUCCGACGGUUGACUUUGCAGCAGUUAUUAUAGUAUGAAACAUCUCAAGAAAUGGGAAAAUAUAGGAUACCCAAACCUUAUGGAAGUCGUUGACUAUUUGGCUCCCCUUUAGUCAGUACAGUUGACUCACUCUGGUUUUGACUUCUAUACAUCCAAUACACACCAGUCGCCUAUCCAUCCCCUGACCCACCUUGGUAAGACGAUCCUACGAGUAGUUCUUAGUUGUUGCCCACUAGAUGGAAGCUGGGUUGUUGGGAGCUCAGGCGAGAUGGGGUGGACAGUCGGCCUUCUGCUUGUAAUGGGGGCUUCUCUGUGCGUUAUCACCACUUGGAAUUCACCCCUUCGGAAAGACUGUGCCUUUGCUUUCAUUUUCUCUGGUGAUCGCACUGCGUGAGUUUCCCUCUGUAUUAGUACAUUCUAAACCUCUUCUUCUUUCAGUUUCUCUGAUGAUCUCUCAGUUAAUGCAUAUUUUUCAAGAGCCUGGUUUUCGUGUUCCCCCUGUAGACGUCCGGCACUGCAUACGAGAUCGAUUUAUCCCAAGGGGACUUUGCGGAGUACGAUGAGGAUGGCGGAUGCCCCGUCAGCCUGUCCAAUCUUGAGGCUAGAUUUAAAGUGGUGAGUUGCACUGCCACUUAGUUUGACUUUUCAAAUUAGCAAUGGUCAAAACGGUGGGCACAUGAACCAUCACAUCUGCGGGUCAAAAAGUUAACGGACAACUAGUUGGGGAGUAUUCAGAAGAGUCGUCGUUGAUUUUCUUAAAUAAGUCAUUUUAAAGGCUGGGCUUUUGACUUUGCCAAAUGUGUUCAGGUGCACAAGAAGAACAAGCGGGGGCAGACCGUGUAUGAAUGA